AUGCGCUGGCUGGUUUUUGCUGGUCUCUGGUGUGCGGCCGCGGCGAUCUCUCCUUCAGGCGGCUACGCUCCAGUCAAGGUUUCCUGCCCUGAGGGCUCCCUUCUACGCCUGGGGGAGCUGAUCUCAGACGCCGAGCAGGAAUGGGUGCAAAAUCGCCAGCCCAAGGCCAACGAGGCCCUCGCCCAGUUUUUGCAAAAAAAUUUGCCCGAAGAGGACUUUGACAUUGAAAACAGCUCGGUUCGCCUCGCCACGGCGUUUUCCGGCGGCGGCUACAGAGCCAUGUUUGUGGGUGCUGGGGAGCUCGCAGCCAUCGACGCUCGCUCAGAGGAUCUGCCUGUCGCUGGAAUUUUGCAACUGAGCACAUACAUUGCCGGUCUCUCUGGUGGUGCCUGGCUCUUGGGCCUGGUGGCCGUGCAAGAUUGGCCCGAGGUUGUCACGCUUCGGGAUUCCAUGUGGAACAACACAGACGCCAAUAGUAUCGUAGACACUCUGGACUUUCUCGGCCUUGCGUGGGCUGCUAUCACCAACAGCUACCUGAAGCUCAUCACGCAUGUGCGGUACUGGAAAAACGCCAACGGCACGGGAAUUGGCGACGAUAUCAAGGCCAAGGAGGAUGCUGGCUUCUAUACGACAAUCACAGAUGUCUGGGGCAGAGCAUUGGCGCACCAGCUUUUCCCUAGCGUAGACAAUUACUUUGAUCUGGUGGUGUGGUCAGACCUCCAGGAAUCUCUGGGGUUCAAGAACCACACGAUGCCGUUCCCCUUGGUGCUGGCGUUGGCCAGAAGACCCGAUUCGUUAGUGUACGAUUUGAACUCGCCCGUGGUGGAGUUCAACCCCCUCGAGAUGGGCUCUUUUGAUACCUCCAUCAACUCCUUUGCCCCUACCAAGUACUUGGGCACCAGAGUGUUCAAUGGCAAGACGAACGAGACGUGCAUUGGCGGCUUUGACAACGCGGCCUUCGUGGUGGGCACCUCGUCGUCACUCUUUAACCAAUUUCUCGACACCUUGGUGUGUCCCAAUUGCGACCAGCUUCCUGGGCCCGUUAAGUGGGUUGUUCGCAGCCUCUUGAAGAGAAUGUCCAAGCAGAAGGAGGAUAUUGCCAUCUACAACCCGAACCCGUUUUAUGGGUCUGAGCACGCUGGCUCUUCCAACUUGCUGAGCUCAGAGUCGCUUUUCCUCAUGGACGGUGGCAUUGGCGGCGAGUACCUUCCCUUGUCGUCGUUGAUGAACUCCAGAAGAAAGGUGGACACAGUGCUAGCUUUCGACAACAACCCGGCCCUGUGGCCCGACGGCGCUUCUAUAGUCAACGCCUACCGCCGCUCGCAGACUUACGAGGGCCAGUCGGUGAUUUGCCCCUAUGUUCCUGGUGAAGAGACGUUUGCAGCGCACAAUUUGACUGCCCGGCCGGUUUUCUUUGGCUGCGACGCCAAAAAUCAGUCGACGCUUGCCAAGGACGGGGUCACGCCUCCUCUUGUCAUCUACUUGGCCAACCGCCCGUUCGAGUACUUCUCCAACCAGUCCACGCUCCAAUUGACAUACUCAGAUCUGGAGAAAAAGGCCACCAUCCAGAAUGGCUACGAUAUUGCUACACAGAUGAAUGGCACUGUCGACAGCGACUGGGGAGCAUGUGUGGCGUGUGCGGUGGUACGUAGAGACCAGGAGAGACAGGGGAUUGAGCAGAGCGACCAGUGCAAGAAGUGCUUUGACAAGUACUGCUGGGAUGGGUCGGUGUAUGAAGGUGCUGACUACUACCGCCCUGUGAACUACACCAUAGACGGGCUCACCAACAGCCUGAUGACGCUCUGGGGCAACAAUUCGAUUGUUGUGACUAAGGGAAACAGCGGGGGAGGCGGAAUUCUCGGGUUUUUGUGGAAGGGCUUGAAGAGCCUCUUUCUGUGGCUCUGA